AGGUGUUUUGUUUUGAGCAAAGUUUUUUAUUCACGCGUUUGUUUUUUGAAAGCGGAAACAUUGCUGGUUCCCCUUUCGACGAUUUCCACGCGAAAUGGUUCUGGGACAUGUACUCGCUGCCACGGGUGCUUUCGGCAUCAUCGCACUCGUCACCAUCGGAAUACUCGCGUUCGUGCAUCAGCAGCGCCUUGAGGAGCCGCACCAAUACGGUGGCCGUAGCCAAUCGUCCCGUCGCAAUCGGCGCUACGAGUGGAACGGGUACGAUCCCAACGACGACAGCAUACCUUGCUCAAUCUGUCAGGACCCGAUGAGAGAAGCGGAAAAGUUCACACUUGCGUGCAAACAUUCCUUCCACAACUCGUGCAUCUUAAAAUGGUUGCAGAACAAGAACGAAUGCCCGAACUGUCGGAAGCCUAUUUAAUACCUUUAAUACGCAGCCUCCCGUAGUUCAACCGUUCUUAGCCCUGUGGUCAUAUCGUUUUCCGACUGAGUGCUUUACUAACGUAAGAAAUUUGAUACUCUAAAAUUAAGUCUUAAGGAAGUAGUUGGAGAAGGCACUAUUGAAACUCCAGUACCAUGACCGCCCUCCGAGGCGCUGGGUAUCGAAUCGAACGUGAUAUAAAAAGCAAACGAUAUGUCGUAGAAAGCUCCGAAAUUAUAUGCUUGCGUUCUGGCAAAUUUGAACCAUUCGCGAGUAGUAUGCAGAUAACGACGAAAGUGUUACGUUAGGAAGCACGACUUCUUAUAGAUAUUGACUUCCGUUUGUCUCGCAAUAAAGAACCUUUUAAGCGUGUUGCUUAGCGUUACCUAGAACCCUAGUGUGAGCGGAUUGGGGAAAGUGCUGUUGCAAUUUCAUUCCUGCUCCAGACGCUUUGACAACGCUUGUAGUUAGGCAUCAUAGGUAACUAAUAAAGGAUUCUU